AUGUCUUUCGACAGAAAUCAAGUUUCGCCUGUUGCAUACAAAACGAUGGAUAUGGGAGGAGAAAGUAUUCGGAGUUCUCCAUCAAUAGCACAACCAGUUUCGUUACUAAGACUGAUUUUCGAUGGAUUAUCACUUCUUCUUAUGCUUUCAACCUGGUUGAUAUUUAAAUAUAUUGUACGACCUGUUCGACGACCAUUUUUAUGUUCGGAUUUGAACUUGUAUCAUCCAAAGCCGCCUCAUAAUGUUUUUCCAACUUGGCUUCUUUUUGUUUGUGCAGUCAUCGUUCCUGUCGUUUUCAUUCUUCUUUCCGAGAGCGUUCGCUGGUUUUACCUUACUCGUAGAAAAUCAGUGCGCGCUGUUUAUCGACUUCGAUUUCGUUCGAAUAUCUACAACGUUUCACAAUUGAUCGGAAAUCUCUACAUCGUUAUCGGCAUCUUUGCUUUUGCUAAUGCAAUCAAUUCUUUCCUAACCAACGUUGGCAAAGUGUCAUACGGUCGUCAGCGCCCGCACUUUAUCCCAUCGUGUUUCAACAAAACUACUUAUAAAGAUUUCUGUGCAGAUCCAACACUAUGGAUUGUGAAUUACACUUGUAUCGGUGAAUCAAGUGCAAUAUUUGUUGAAAAAGAUGGCGCAUUUGAUAUUCGACAGUCAUUUCCAUCUGGUCAUUCCUCAACAGCUUUUUGUGGAUUGAUCUUUUUGGCUUUAUACGUUCAUAGAGCAUGGAAAAAUCGUAAUUUGGGCUUCAUUCGAUAUUUUGUGGAAACAUGUUGUUUCGCCUUGGCAGCAUAUAUCGGCAUUACACGUAUCACCGACAAUCGUCAUCAUCCAACUGACGUUCUUGCAGGUGCUAUUCUUGGUACUGGUAUCGCCAUCAUCGCUUUUCGUUACAUGCUACAUUGUUUGAAACAAACAGCUCCGAUUGAUUUAGAAAACGAAUCAUUCAGAGAACAAACUGAUAUCGAAAGUCAAUAUUAA